GACUUUCUUAACUCUACUUACAUCGAUUACUCUCGAAUUAUUCACAAUCUUUCUAGCCUAGUCAGCCCCAUGUACCCAGCUCAAAUCAUCUCUCUAGUCGCAGGCUUUCAGCUUCAUGAGUCAAGCAUCAACCAACUCUACUCGAAAUCCCUCGGCCCGCCGUCGAGCAGCCCAAGCUUGCGGGACUUGUCGUACGCGAAAAGUUCGCUGCGAUGCAGGUUCCCCCAAAUGUGGGCUGUGCGAGAGCUUAAACGUUGACUGCGUAUAUCUUGAUCCAGAAGCUCAGAGACUAGACCCAAAUACGCGCAUCCUACUCGACAGGAUUCAGAAAUUGGAGGACCGAAUCUUUACUUCUCCUCCCGGGUCGGUUCCUAUCUGGUCGGGGUUUCAGCCCGCAAAGAAUCCAGGUGGCCGCUCCAUAGUCAGACCUCAGAGCAAUCCGGUCCUCACGCCCGGGACUGGCGACGUUGAAGAGAUAGGCGUUGGACAGUUAGGCGCUGACAGUGCUUCACAAGAGGAAGUUUUAACUCUUCCUACACUCCACAAUGCCAACACUACCAAUUUAUACCAGUGGACUGUUGUUCAGGCUCUCCUAUCGGAAGAUCGCAUGAACUGCGGUGAGCUACGCUUUCAUAGAUCAGUUCUACCGGAAGCAACCGAUGUAUUUCUUCUUUCAGACCUAAAAGAAGUGCCUGCAGUUGAGACACAGUCAUGGCAUCUAUUCCGACAUCCUAGCAGCGGUGAUGCAAGUGAGGUGAUUUGGGAAGAUGAUACGGAGAGUCUAUUUUUAAAACGGUUUGAAGAUAUCAAAGAACUCAUCCACGAAUAUUUCGUCAACGUUCAUGUUUUUUACCCGAUUCUGUCCCAGCCUGAAAUCUAUGACAUGCUGCAGGUUGUUGUCGAGUCUGAACACGACAAACCAUGUAAUCCGAGAGCGCUGAGUACAACAAAAUAUUGCUUGCUGCUCAUCGUGUUGUGUCUGGGGUCGAUAUCAAAAGAACGAGCAAAUCUCAUAUACUCCAGCGGUUCUGGACAUCCACCUAUACCACUGGCCGAUGGCAGAUCGCCAGCGUACAUCAGCGAAAGCUUACUUUGGGCAAAAGCCAAGCUUCUAUUGGGAACAGUCUCCUUUGAUGACAGUAUUGAGGCCGCACAGUGCUUUGCGCUUUCCAGCAUUUACCUCGGCUCGAAGGGAAGGACUCUUGAAAGCCAUCAACAAGUUCACCUAGCAGCCAGAAAAGUUGUGAUCUUAGCAAAACGAAUGGUGCUUCAAUAUCAAAGAAUGCCCAAGUUUUCGGAUUCGUUUUGUCGACUAUUUUGGGUCAUCUACGUCUAUGAAAGUGACUUUGCGAUGGAAUUGUCCAUAACACCCCCUUCAGGAAUCACUCGAUACGAAGAGAUGGUCCAAUAUCCAACGUCUGAGCAAAGCAGUACCGAAUACCACAGUCCCAUGAGUAUGGAUACAAGCAGUCCGUCCGACUUUUCAGACCAUGAGACGAGACUAAGACACUCGACUGACUCCAGCCUUGUCGCCUUCCAAAUCAGCACUAACUCCGCAAUCCGACGGUUUCUUAAUCGCAUAACUGCAGUGAUCUACAAUCCUCAUGAGUCCUGGCGCAAGAAAGAUCACACUUCUUACGUCAACUGGCUUCUGAAAAUCAGCAACGAGCUUCAAAAUCACCAUGAAGCAAUUCACGGGAAUUUGCCACCGUUCCUUCUCUCCACAGAUCCAAGGGCGUUGUGGGAUGACAGUUCUGGCACGGGAAUAUCAGUAGCAGAUCAUCGGGAAUUUUCAAACCACCUUUGGAACGUUUCGCGACUUCGCGGACGAUAUUGCGCCGGCCAAUAUUUGAUAUGUCGAGCCUCUUACGAAUUCGUUCUCCUCAACCCAGAAGCUGCCACUAGUCACCCUCGCGGUCAAGAGAUUAUGGACAAAUGCAGGUCUUGUAUACAAUCCUGUGUGGAUUUCGUGAAGAUAUUCAGCGUCGAACCAGUCAACUCUAUGACAAACCUUUUCGCAACAGGCAUGGCGUGAGUACCAGAUUCAUCCUAUCCGACUUCACUACCGCCUCUGACAUUUUUGUUCUGACCAAAUUAUAGGACUUUCGCAAUGGUGAUAAUCCUCAUGAUAACAACUUCAUCACCACAAUUCCAGCAAGUAAUACCCGCCGACAUCGAAGAGGUGAUCAUUGCAGGUCAGCAGAACCUCAAGCGGUUUAGUCUGAGUGUAAAAGAAUUCGAGUGGCAUCUCCAGGAGUUGCAGAAACUCGAUCGGGCUCGAAAGGCGAGGAAGCCUGGGAAAGCUUCCGAUAUGCUUACUUCCGACUGAUUGCGAAAUUCUAAAAAGAAGGUUAAAUCUGCGUCGUGCAACAAAAACUCCAUUUGUUCUGAUCUGAGCCUGUUGAAGAAGAGGGGGUUGAGGCUGAGCUGUUUCGGACCACUUGUGGGCAGCAAGCGAGAUAUCCGCCUUAAAUCAUUAUUGCUUGAAACCCCGGCCGACUUAGGAUUCUUGACUCGGGAAACACUAAUGGGCGGACCAAAGAGGGUCAGAGCUUGUUGAAGGGGCAUGGUCUUGCAGGAAUACCAAUCUUUAUGUCCCAUCAGCUCGAAGCACUGUAUAUGGAAGGUGGUUUUUCUGCAGCUGACUAGCCCUCGCUACCUUUUCCCUUUUCUCAAGUAGAAUAUAUGACGAUUUCAAUAUUUUGACGGGGCAAAGUUGUUUCGACAUCAACGGAGUGGUCUAACAAAGGGGACAAUUAGGGGAAGAGACCAGGGCUAUUUUUAUCUCGGCAAACUUCCUGUCCAGUCUGCUGGGUCGAAAGAAGCUUUGUGACUUGGGGUUGAGAACUUGAGACGAAACUUGAAAGGUGUGGGGUUGUGUAGGAGAGAAGUAAACUAGAGAUAUUUUUAGCGAUGUUUCGGACGAGUGAGGUUAUCUUGAUGGCUCGGGAGAUCAUCGCCGCGUGAACGUUGAGUGGUGUUUUAGCAGAUGUUUGUCAGAGGUGUUUUAGAUGACUUGCCAGGGUAUGGUGGCUCAAGGACGUCUUCAGGUCAAGCGAGGACCUUUCAGGUUGGCUGCCCUUGAAGACUCCCCAUAUCUAAUCAGGACCAUGCUUGGGGCAAAUAAUUCAGAAAAACCACCCUCACAAAUUUCGUCCUUAGACCACGGCGGAGGAUUUCCGUUGUAUUGUCCCACUACCUGCCUCUUUGGCCUGACUAUUUCUUUUUGCGUUCACGGACUUAGUGGUGCUGAUCAAGGAUCUCUGGCAAGGAACACGCAAUCAAUGCAUAUUUUGGUCAGCACAAGAGGGACCAUGCUUGAAACUUACGAUUUGCUUUUCGGAUCCAAUGCGAAUACGCAAGUACCGGUGUCGUAGGUGAGUAGCGCUAGCUCUCCUCUCGAGCGUAGGAUUUGUUUCCUUGUCGCUGACCUCGUAUGAUUGGCUUCCACCACGAACGCUGAUACAAAUACUGAUGACUAGCUUCCCUGCAGAAUGGCCUGAGCCAGCUUCUGACUGAGAGGCGGCGUGUUUUGGGAGGCAGGGAGGCCAAGCACGCGUAAGCUCUAUCUGAUGAGCUUAUUUUGACCUUGCUUGAGCAUGCUGAUGCGUGCAGCCAAUAGCUCAAGAUGUAUUGCUCAUCAUGAACCAUGAAGUCCCCGAAGACUACUCAAAGUACACUACUGGACGACUACUGGCGAGACUGGCAAGACACAGUAUUGUAGGUGGAGGUGGUGGCGGAGGGUGGAGAGACAUCAGAAGGCAAGGAAUGGAAGUCAAGGGCACGCAGGUGUGCAUUUGGCGUCUCUAGCUCCUCUCCUCUCCUCUCCUCUCCUCUCCUCUCCUCUCCUCUCCCCUCCCCCGGAAGGCUAACCUUAACCGCUCAGCUACCUUACUGCUACUGUACUGUGAUUUACUUAAUAAAGUAGCUGCUUCUGUCGCCGACCUGGAGCCGAGCCGAACAGUGCGGCAGGAAAAGCGCACCAGGUCGCCGGAAUCGUGGCUCUCGAUCCCGAAUAAAGGAACGAAUGCAGAGGAGAGGAGAGCAUGAGCAUGCAUCAACUUCCACUCCGUUCUUUCCGUCCUUUCUGAAGUCAAGUGCUCGUCAGCUGAAAACAAUCGCCUCGCCCCAUUCGAGAUCCAGCUCGCCUGAACGAACACACCCAGCCAGCACAACAAAGGCGCGGAAAAGGCCCAGAUAAGACGCUGGUACCUACCUACUGUACUGUAUUGUCCAUCCACUGCGCCGGCAGGCCGGGUCCUGGAUCUACUUCCAGAGAAGCGAAGCGGGAGAAGAGGACGAGGCUAAAGCAACAGUUGAUCUUCUUUCAACGGGACUUGCCUAACCUACCUAUUGGGAUCCCGCUCGCUCUUUUCCACCUUCUGUUCUCGUGCCGCUGCCAAGGGGCCCACGAUUAUCACAAUCUCCAUCACUAGUACUAUUUCUACCUACUGUACCGAGUCCUCGACAUAUUUUGGUGUUGUGCUUCCCCUCCUCCACUACCCCAUCACCUCCAUUCCUCCUCUCCCCAUCCCACAGCUUGACAUCGGCCCACCCAGAUUCUGAGUUCCCAGCGCCUGCCCCCUGCCCCCGGGGACUGCGCUUCGCUUCACCCUACCUUAACUUACGGAGGUACAGCGGUCAAGUGUUGUUACAGCACUAGCAAGGGGGGAGAUACACCUUAACCUAAAAGAGUAGUAUCGCGUUAAUGCAUCUAACACGCUUUUGUAUUGUAUUUUAUACGUAAGUUGAUGAUAAUUACAUCAAUUAAAUAAUUUUAUUUU